AUGUCUUGUAUGAAUCUGAAGGCCAAUUUCUCAGCCAAUCGGGUGAAGCCACGUGGACCCCAAUCUAGGGUUUGUUCUUCGAUCGGAACCCUAGAUUUCUCCGAUCACCGCGAAAUCAAACAUUUGAGGAUCAAAACCCCCAAAUUAGAGCCAAUAAUCGAUCAGAAUUUUCUUACCCCAAACAUGGCGGAAAUCGAGUCGCCGCGCCACCUCGUGAAUCUGCUUCGGACCGCCGGCGACGCUCUGGUUGUCCUAAGCUUCUACUCCGCCGCGUGCGGCGGCUGCAGAGCUCUGCAACCCAAGAUCUGCGAGAUGGCGGCGGCGAAUCCGUCGGCGAUUUUCGUGAAUAUUAAUGAAGAUCGGCAGGGGAAGCUAUGUCGUGGCCUCCAUGUCCGCGUGCUGCCAUUCUUCAAAUUGUACAGAGGAUCUCAGGGGAGACUCUGUAGCUUCAGCUGUACAAAUGCUACAAUCGGUAAAUUUAAGGAUGCAUUGGCUAAACAUGGGACGGAUCGAUGCAGCCUCGGACCGGCAAAAGGUCUUGACGACGAAGAGAUGGCUUCAUUGGCCUCGCUCGAUUUGAUACCGGAAAAUUAUAUUCUAUCGAAUUAUUAUUAUUAUUAUUAAAAAGAAAUUGUAUGUGUAAUUAUAUAUUUAUUUUUUAAGAAGUAGGGCUCCGACUAUUUUGGGAAGGCCCUGCAAUUUGUUUAUUUAUGUUUAGUUGAAUUUUAGUUUCAAUUUCUUGAUUAUAAAAUUCUUAUAACUUUAUAUUAAAG